AAGUGCGCGAUACUGCUGGCAUAAGCCGACAGCUCGGGUUGAAGGUCAGUGGAGUGUUCACAUUCAGUGUCCGAAAAAAAAAACGCACCUCCCGUCGAAUAUCCCGUCGCAGGCUCAACAAUCAACAUAUCAAACGGUUCUAGUCUCUAGCAAACACCACCAGGAUGGCUCCAUGCCACGGAUGUUACGGCCUAAUUAUCCUGUUUACGCUCCAGCUCGUCUCGGCUACUUCGCAGUCAUUUGGUCCAUUGAUUCGAAAUCGUUCCAUACACCAGCUAACAUCAGAAGAAGACCUUAAUGCAAACAUCCAACGCAUUUAUCGAAAGGAUUUUAAAGCACCAUCGACAACAAACGAUCCACUUGGCGAUCAAAUCGAACCUUCUCCUUCGGAGCUUGUUGUUCGCGAUAGUUUAGUAUCAAAAAGAAAACAACCAAUCGGAAAGAAUGAGCAGUAUGCAAUACUUUCAGUGAUGCGAAACCCAUCAGGAAAGCUUGAACCAGUGUUCGGUAACACUACGCUGCAGCCCACAACUAAACACACGCCGUAUGAGCACGUCGUUUCGACAUCAGCAAAACAAGACGAAAUACUUGUAUUAAGAGCUUCGACUGAAAAUGAUCCCUUAAAUUUCCAACCGGGCUCGUAUCCUGAAGGAUAUCCAUUUGAAGCGAUCCUGAAGAUCCUGAAUGAAAAGAAGAAUUUGUACCAAGAUGUGUUUGAGCCAGACGUGAAAAUCUCGACUCUAGUUACACGCAUUGAUGAUAGUGAACCUGAUGAUUUUGUAUGCAAAUCGGUCCGAUCAGAUGAGUACCCAACCUAUCAUGCCUCAGAAAAGGCGAUUAUCGUAAAUAUUGCUGGCCACUUCCAGAAUAUCGUCUUCGAAACAUGCGUUAACACGAAUGCACCCUGCAGCAACGCGACUACUGAUGCAAACAGCGCGCUGGUGUGCGAACAGGUGUACCAAUACCAGUAUAUGUACGUUGUGCCGGCAACGGACCAGUCGAAGUUCGAGCGCAAAGCACUCCGGUUUCCCUCCUGUUGUAAAUGCAGGCACGUGCCAAAGAGUGCACUGAGCUCUAGAUCUGGACCAUGAGCGUUUACCCUUUUUUGCGCCGGUUAGACCUUACGUAUAUGCCAUAUAUGCCUCCGUGCACUUCCCAGUUAGUGGCCGUAAUCGAGUCAUACGAAUCGUUAGCGUCAAUGCUAGUUCUAAGCCUGUUUGUCACAUGCGAAUCCCAUCGCUACCACAAGUACAGACAUCUUUACUGGAGGACGUACUUUCGAUUAUUAAGCCUGUUGCGGUACAACCUACUCCAUACUUAUGCCCAAUUAGUGAUUAAUCAGUAACAAACAUGCAUACCCAGCAUGGGCUUAACGAUUUCGAAAAACUGUGUGCUCACUCGCUUCUAUGCUUAAUUUUGUUGAUGAACUCGCACAAUGCUUUAGCUGCUCGAUGGUGCUCUUUCGGAAGCUUAAUGUUAGGCAACGAAACCCCUACAGGACAUAUUUUCCCGACAUUCAAUGAUUGGCAUUGAGAAAAUCAAGUACCAACUCACACGGUGUGUUAGAGAAUGCGUUUUUGUGACCCUAGGAUGUUAUUGCAAGCCAAA